CUAUUUCAACAACGGGCGCCUACCAUCACCCGUGAGAGGGAGGGGAGCCGAGAGUUAGACGAAGAGCUUUCGCCAAUAUCACAUCGCCAUUUAGUCGUUAGAUAACCAUUGUAGUUGUCAGUUUAGGAUAGUUUUGCUAUUUGAACGCUUUUAUUAAAUAUAUGCGAAAUAUUGACCUCAUAACGGAUACUUUACAUAAAAGCAUAGCUGUCACUCCCCUAAAUCGUAGUAAAGUAACGUUAUCCGUGUCUCUUGAUUGACGGGUCCAUAUUUAUUUUCCUGAAAGAACGGUAAAAAACAUUUUUUUUUAAAUAAAGCCCUGUGAAACUGAAGAACGGUCAGCGAAAAAUAACGGAGGUGGAAGAAAUUGAAAUAUCAAGAAAGAUUGUUGGGAGCUUCCGAGGGACAAGUGUGAAAACAAGAAAUCACUGAAAAAGAGACAAGAGUUGUGUCAUUUGCAUAUUUCUUUAGACGUCCUUAUUUUGUCAGAAUUUGUUUGUUGACUUAGGGGCUUGAACAAGUGACGCCAUGACGACGGAGAUGCAGGAGAUCGCCAUCACAGAGGAAAAACCUUUACUUCCUGGUCAGCCCGAUCCUACAAAGGAUGUUGAGGCUGCAGCUCGGAUACUGUUGGACCAGGGCCAGGAACACAGUAUUGAGACUCCACAUGGUCUCCUCCACGUGACUCUCCAUGGAACCUCCAACACACGCCGUCCUGCCAUCCUGACCUUCCAUGACGUGGGCCUGGACAGUAAAAGCUGCUUCUCUCCUCUGUUUAAGUUUGAGGAGAUGCAGGAGAUAGUGAAGAACUUUACCCUGGUCCACAUCGAUGCUCCAGGCCAAGAGGAGGGGGCUACCGCCUAUCCUAUGGGAUACCAAUAUCCAUCCAUGGAACAAAUUGCAGAGAUGAUCCCUGCUGUCCUGACAUAUUUCAAUUUCCGUACUGUCAUCGGAAUUGGAGUGGGAUCUGGUUCUUACAUUCUCUCCAGGUUCACAAUGGCCCAUCCAGACUCAGUUGAAGGUCUGGUUCUCAUCAACAUGGAUCCUGAGACCAGAGGGUGGAUGGACUGGGCGGCCCAGAAGAUCACUACCCUGACCUCCUCCAUCACAGAGCAGAUCCUGAGUCAUCUCUUCAGCCAGGAGGAGAUGUCAGCAAAUGCAGACCUGGUGAGGUCACACAGAGAUCGCAUCUCUAAAGCCCCCAACCUCAUCAACAUUGAGCUGUUCUGGAGAAGCUACAACAGCCGCAGGGAUCUGAUCAUUGACCGUAACAGCAACUUCAAGUGUCCCGUGAUGCUGGUGGUUGGGGAUCAGGCACCUCAUGAGGAGGCUGCUGUGGAGUGCAACAGCAAACUGGACCCAACAACAACCUCAUUCCUCAAGAUGGCCGAUGCUGGUGGUCUUCCCCAACUCACCCAGCCCAGCAAACUGACUGAGGCGUUCAAGUACUUCAUCCAGGGGAUGGGCUACAUGGCAUCGUCCAUUAUGACGCGUCUGUCUCGUUCGCGCACCGCCUCACUGUCUUCCUCCUACUCCAUGGAUGGGGAGCGUCAGCGUUCUCGUACCCUGUCUCAGAGCUCUCAGGGUGGGCAGAUGCCCCCCAGCCCCUCCCAUACCAUGGAGGUGUCCUGCUGAAGAGCGAGUGAGCGAGAGAGGGGGAGAGAGAGAGAUGGAUGGAGAGCUAGAGGGAUGGAGAGCUAGAUGUAUGGGUGGUGGGUGAGAGUGGGACGAUAGCAUUUGUCACAAACCCACUCCCACAUCUCUUAAACCUGUCAUUCCCUCAGACCAGCUAACAAAGAGACAGAGGGAGAGAUAUGCAAAAGUAGAUAUAGUAAAAGUAGAGGGACAGAGGGAAAAUGUAAGACCGUUAAUGAAACACUGUCCUCCCACAAUUCAUCUCAUUCUAAAACUGUCCUCCCACAAUUCAUCUCAACCUCACCUAUUCAUCUCUUUAGAGAGAAAGAGAGAGAGAGAUCUUCACCUAGACAGCGAAGGAUAGAGGGAAUGGAUAAAUGAAAAUAGGGAAUGGAAGAAAGGGAGAAUUUAGGAACAAGGGAAUAUAGAAAAAGGGUAGCAAGGAAAGGGCAUUUUAGGGGUGUCGGCCAGUCCUCUCUCCCUCCCUCUAUCGGAAAGUCUGUCAGCCAAUAGAGCCCUUUAACCUAUGGAGUGGGAAGGGUCUGUAGUGACCUCACCGUAGUGUUAACUAAUAGUAAUAAUUAUGAUAAUGAGAAAUAUGACUAUGAUAUUAAUGCUAUUAAUAAUUAUACUGACAAUGAUGUAAUAGUAACGUUAUAACAAUUUUUCUCUUUAAUUUUAAAGUUUGAAAUAUUAUGAAAUAGAAGAAAAGACGUUAGCAGAAAUACUUAUAAUGAAAAUGUGUGUGUGUCAACUCCUCUAAUCAAUUUGGUAUGAUUUUUUGUAUCGUUGCUUUUUGUAACCUGCCUCAGUGAAGGGGUGAGGCUUCUCAUUGGUCAUGUGAACCUUAACCAUAGCAACAGCCAAUGAAAGUCUACUUCCGCCUCGCUGUUGCCGGGUAGAUCAUGUCUUCCAUUAGCCCUGUUCAAGUGACACAUUUUUGUUCCCAUGAGGGGAUUGGGGUGGGCGGGUAAGGGGGGUGUGGUUGUUUGACUGUGUGGAAGCAUCUGCAUGCCUGAUUUCAGCCAAUGUGAAUAUAGACGGAAUGUUUCCUUUUCUUUUGUAUGCAAAUAUGGGUUUGUUGGUGUGUGUGUGUGUGCGUGCACAUGUGUGUUUGUUAUUAAGCUUUUGGGCAAAGAUUAGCAGAUGACGAUGAUGAGGAUGGAUGAAGAAGAGUGACAUUGUUAGUGAGUUAACUCCUACACUAGUAAAUCAGUAACAAGUGCUUCCAAUGCUGCUGGCAGUCCCAGACUCGACCAGCAGGGGUCACUGUGUUUGUCCAAUAGUCUUUAUGACAACAUACAUACAUGUACCUGCAUGCUAUGGAGUGAAGUUUCCCUCUAGCUACAGAUCUAGGAUACGCUUCCCCUCCACCAAUCCUAACCUUAACCAUUAGUGAAGAAAAUGCUGAACUGACCCAAGAUCAUCAUCUGUGGGACAACUUCCCCCUAUUCCAGCCUGCAUAUACCUCACUACUAACAUACUUUAGUCUUCAUCAAAGAGAUAAGAUAGCAAAUUCCUUGUUGAACAAGCACACUGUACAUGUUGUGUGAUAGCUAGAUGUAGGCAUUGCAUAGCCCUAUAGUGAUGCACUCACCGAUCAAGACUGACAGCUCAGAGCACCAAUACCAAGUCUAUGACUUUGACUGACAGCACAGCGAACCAAUACCAUGUCUGUCUGUUUGACUGUCAGCUGAGAGAACCAAUAGCAUGUCUCUCUGAAGUCAGGAGGUAUGUGGAGUGGACAGUACUGGACUAGAGUAUAGAGGUAUCCGUAUAGAGUAGGGAGUGUGAAAUAAGGCAUUAUUGUGUGGCUCUUUGUGUGUUCCAGGGUGUUUGUGCGCGUUUGUGACUGUGUUUAUGUGUCGUGCAAGUGUGUGUGCAUUUGAAAGCUCUCAUACCUUCUAAGCACAAUUUAAGAGACAAGAUGAGGAAAGGACAGAACCCAUCCCCUCCCAUUGGACCUUAUAAAUCAACAAUGAACCAGCCCCUACACUGCCAACUCCCUAACCCUUACGCUACACCCUAACCCUAGAGGAUGACUGUCCACCCUCAUCAAGUCAUACUAUAGGAACCCUUCUCUGUAUGGAUCUCAGAACAGUUAGAAGUGUUGUAGACUUGUCAUAUACUUCAAAGUCAAAGCUAAAAACAGUUUUAUAGGAUUGUUUUAUAGGAUUGUAAUACACUUUCAGUGAAAACUGAAUGUUAAAUUGUCAAUGUGAUCUGCAUAUAGUAAAAGGUCAUAGACUAAAGGUACAUCCAUGUGAAGCUUAACACUGCCCUGAUCCUAACCAAUGGACUGAACACACUGUUAUUCGACCCAAUUACAGAAAACACUUGGAGAGCUGUGUGUGUUUUCCAGUGUGUGAAUGUGUGUGUAUGUUUUCCAGUGUGUGUUUGGUUUCCGUGGUUCCGUGCAGUCAUUAAUAUGGCUUAUAUAACGUUUUAAAAGUAUUACUUUCAAUUUGAGAAACCUGUUUGCUCGUUUCUUUCCGGUUCUCUUCAGAGUUCCGCCCCCUUCCCCUCUUUUUAUAGUAGUCUGGCUGGAUGGUUGUUGAUGGAGAUACUGAGGAUAGGUCGGUUAAGGGUAUUCUGAUGAUGAUGAUGUUCCUAGAUAAUAAUUGGAACAUUAAGUUAAUGAUAUAUAGGCUCCUCCUAGUCUUGCAUUGAGAAUCAAGCAAUCUGGAAUGGGAGCCUCGACUAACAAAGGGGAAAUGGGCGGAGCCUAAUAGUUUACCAAUAAAGGGAAAGGGGGGGUUUACUGUUUGAGUUGAGUGGGCUGGGCUGUGUGAAUGUACGCUUGUCCAUUUCUUCUUUUUAUUUUUACCCUCAUUUUUUCCUUCAAUCAUACUCUUAUUUUCCUAUUUUGUUGUUGACCAUUUAGUUUUAUUAAGUGAAGUGUUAGUUUACCGCCUCAGUGUGCUCACAAGUUAGACAAGAGUAUGUUCGUUCUUGUGUAACUUUUUUUAGCAACAGCACUAAACAAAAGGGAGAAUAAUAUAAAUGAUUUUAAAACAAACAGAACACAAUCAAAUGUACUUGUGUGGCUAAUUUGUCUGUGUAAUAAAAUAAACAACCUAAAACAUUAAUGAGUAGUAAUAAAAGACCAGAAGAAAUCUUGA